AUGGUAGCUUCUGUAAGCCCCAAUACUGAAGCCUACGAAAUGCCCCCAACCAUCGCCUCCGAGCGCAGCUUGCUCAGAAAUGCGUCCGUUGACGAGGACGAGUUUCCUAUUCAGCAGUCUGAGAAAGGACUCCUGCUAAAACUCGGCUGCUCGUUCUUUCUGUUUGGGCUUAUAAACAAUGUGCUGUAUGUCAUCAUACUCUCUGCCGCAUUGGACUUGGUACCUCCGUCGACGCCAAAAGGUAUCAUCGCCUUCUGCAAUAUUGCGCCCGCACUCGUUGCCAAGGUCGGCUGGCCAUACUUUCUGAAAGGCCGGAUACGGUAUACCCAACGACUGGUUGGGUGUUGUGCUCUGAGUGCCUUCGGAAUGCUGGUCGUCGCGUUCUUCGACAGUCUGUUCAUGCGGUUGUUGGGUAUCGGUCUUGCGUCUUUCUCGUCUGGUCUGGGCGAGUUGACGUUUUUGCAACUUUCCACAACCUAUUCUCCGCCGUCAAUAGCAGGACAUAGCGUGGGUUACUUCUCGUCCGGAACCGGCGCGGCUGGACUUGUCGGCGCGUUUUUAUGGUGGGAGGUCCGCGGUCUUGGCGUCCGAGUUGGUGUUGGACUAUCUUCUGUUAUGCCCUUGAUCAUUCCUCUUACAUACUUUUUCCUUCUUCCCAGUCCAGCGGGAUUUGGUCCAACCACUCCAUAUGACAACACCACAGCAUACACAGCACUGGCCACCGGCGAGGAAGAUAUUGCAGGGGAAGAAGAGGGCAGCUCUCGGCCUCUGGCCGACAAACACCACGUCUACCUUACGCUUAAUGACAAAUGGCGCCUUGUUAGGCCAAUGCUAAUACGUUACAUGCUUCCUCUAUUUUGUGUCUACCUGUUCGAAUACACCAUCAACCAAGGAAUCGCACCUACUCUACUUUACCCAGUUCCAGAUCAUCCAUUCUUGAGCAAGAUCAUCCAUUCGAUUCGGGACUACUACCCGCUCUGGCAACUUGUCUACCAGACAACUGUCUUCCUCUCCCGGUCAUCGAUUUCCAUCGGUCUCCCGCCGCUGCCCUCGCACCUGCUGCCGCUGCCCGCAAUCGUCCAAUUCGGAAUCUUCCUCACUUUGACCGUCGAGUCCGCAAUCGGCAUCUUCCCUUCGAACACGGAUGAAGCGUGGAGCAUUGUCCUGGUGUUCUUUCUGAUCAGUCUGGAGGGCAUAUGUGGUGGUUCUGCAUAUGUCAACGUCUUUUACCGGAUCAACCAGGACCCUCCGUCGCCUGAGACGGCGCACGACAUCGAACGGGCGCGGCAGGAGCGCGAGUUUAAGAUUGGCUCGGUGGGCUUUGCGGACUCGUCUGGGAUACUGUUUGCGUCCCUCUUCGCGGUGCCGAUGGAGGUUGCGUUGUGUCGACAACAGGUCUCAAGAGGGAAGCUGCUUUGCAAAGGUCUAUAG